UGAGACAAGACAAGACCAGACAAGACGUAGUCCAACUGGAAUGUCACACGUCAGAAAUUUAAUUUUGUGAGAAUUAACUUGUACGUUUUGGGUUUGUUUAAGUUUGGGUCAGUAAUGAAAUAAAGUAUUUUUUUGUGGAAUUAUCAUUUUAUUUGGUGAUAUUGUUAAACAUUUUCUAAAUAACUGAUAAUAAUAUCAGUCGGUACUGUUCAUGGGGAUCCAAUGUGUCGUUAUUUAGUUUGAAUGUAUCUAAUAUUGUAUUGCAUUUGAUAAUUACUAACGAAAAAAUGUCUGAUUUCGGUGACUGGUAUAAAAAUGUACCUGUCUUUACAAAGUAUUGGUUGACUUUAACAGUUGGUUUUACAUUAUUGGGUAGAUUUGGGUUUGUACAACCUUAUCAUUUGCUAUUAUUGUAUGAGCCUCUGAAAAGAUUUCAAAUAUGGAGAUUAAUUACCUGUGUUUUCUACUACCCUUUAAGUCCUUCUUCAGGUUUCCACUUCUUAAUAAAUCUAUAUUUUUUGUACAAUUAUUCCCUAAGAUUGGAGACAGGUCAAUACCAGGGAAAACCUGCAGAUUAUCUUUUUCUGCUUAUAUUUAAUUGGCUUUGUUGUAUAGUCAUUGGAUUAAUAGCAGAAAUAUAUUUACUCAUGGACCCCAUGGUUCUUUCAGUUUUGUAUGUGUGGUGUCAACUUAACAAAGAUACAAUUGUGAAUUUCUGGUUUGGUACAAGAUUUAAAGCAAUGUAUUUGCCAUGGGUGCUUUUAGCAUUCAACAUGAUCAUAUCAGGAGGUGGCANAUAG